AUGAUAAAGAAUCUCAAUUUUAGCCUCCAGAGCUUAGACGGGUUAUUACUCAGUUUUGGAUUCUUUUUUAUCUCACUGACUGUUAUGGCACUCUCUUGGUUUUUGUACGGGGAAACUAUUACCGCAUUUUAUAAACAUCACGUAUCAUCUGAGUUUGGGGAAGAUCACACAAAGAAGAAAUUAACUUAAUAUUUUUUAAAAACAAUAU